AUGUCUUUUGAGCGAGCGAAUUCAACUGAAUAUCAAGAACGUUCUAUGUGGAGUUUGUUUCAAAGAAAACAUGGAAAACGAGGAGAAAUGUCUCCAAAAAAUAACGCUUCUUCAGUUAAAUGUAUUGUUGAUAGUACCAAUCCGCCAAAUCCAGCAGUUCGCCCUCUUUUAGUUCGUCCACAAGCUCGAGAUGAAUUUGGAGUUAUAUGUAAAGAAAAGAUAAAACGUAAUAUAGAAGGAACAAAUAUAAAUACAUCGAGAUGCAAUACACUUAGAAGUAAUACGGGUAGUACAUUAAUGCUUAAUGAAACUAAAGAUGAUGAAUAUAUUAAAUGGAAGAAUUUCAUUUUUGCAUAUGCACAAGAUGCAUAUGACUUAUCAAAUCCCCCAUGCCCACCGACAAGACUUAGAAUGCGCUACUUUGUUCCUCCACGUCCAUUUAAUGAAGCAGAGCGAAUUGCUGCUCUCCGGCGUUAUGAUAUUCUUCCAAAAUAUGAUACCAGUACUCGAAGAUCCCACUAUUCAUCGGUAUCCAGUUUAUCGAAUUGUAAAAAUGAGGAUAUAGAACGACUUCAACGACUUGUUGUUGCUGCACUUGACUUUUUUUCAACAUCUAUUGCUUUUAUAUCACUUAUAGAUGAGAAUAGAUGUUAUUUAAAAUGUGAAAUUGGAUUAAAUAUGACCGAUAUUGAUAGAGAUAUUACAUUUUGCACUCAUACUAUACUUAGUAGUGAGCCUGUAGUAAUUCUUGAUGCAUCUAAAGAUUGGAGAUUUAAAGGAAAUCCACUUGUAAUUGAUCCACCUUAUCUUCGUUUUUAUGCAGGUGCUUCCAUUAUUACCCCGGACGGAUAUCCUAUAGGAACUAUUUCUGUUAUAGAUUCCAAUGCUAGAUUAUUUUUUAGUCCUCAAGAUAUCCGUCGUCUUUCUCAAUUUGCACGUAUGGCUAUGGAUGAAAUUGAACAUUUAUCACACGUUGUUAAACAUAAAAGUUCUCUUGAAGCUAGUAUUCAAGGAUUUUCAUUGAAAUCUUCCCCCGGCUUUUCUGAUAUUGAUUCUGCGUUUACAAUAAAUGAAUAUCAAAUAGCAUUAAAUGCUAAAGAUAACUUAAAUAAUUCUCUUCAAAAACCUAUUUCUGAACCCAUUUUUCAAGAUAUAGAUACAGCAUCGAAACUUAAAUUAGAUCAAAAUAUUGGAAAAGAUUAUUCUUAUCUUCAAACAAAAAAAACAUGCGAUUUUAAGAAUUUUUCUACUUUUCCUGUAAAGGAUUUAGACUCAAAAGUCGACAAUAAGCAAAAUAAAGGCAGUCCUAGAUUUAGUUUUCAUAAUUCUCCAUUAUCACAAAUAAAAUAUGAUCAAGAACAAAAGUCAGGAUUACAAUAUUCUCUUAUGUCUAACGAUAAAACUAAUUUUUCUCAAAAUUCUCCAAACACAAUAGAAAAUGAAACAUAUGAAAAUAAUUAUAUUGAAUCUAGGCAAGUUUUAUUAAAUAUAAAUAAAAAAGAAAAUUCACAAGUCUUAAAAAAUUCAGAAUUAACACCUCCUUCUACUCCAGUCAAUUCAAAAAUUAAUUCGGUUAAUCAUAUAAACAAAAAUAAUUUAUCAAAAGAAAGUUCUACAGUUAAUUUACGAACAUGUUCUUUUACUUCUCAACCAUCUGUUUUUGCUACUCAUGUUAUAGCUUGUACUUUAGGACUUGAUCUGGUCUAUAUUGUUCAAAUUUCACCCAACAAUUGUGUAUCUUUGGAUUCUCAGAAAAGCAAAAACAAUUAUAAUUCUGCUUCUUUAGAUAUUGUAGCUAGUUGUGGUUUACCAUACCCUCCUCCUGUUUUAGACCCUGUAUUGCAUUUACGUGCCUUAAGAUCAGAAGGUGGCCUUAUUUAUCGAAAUCCAUUUCAUUUAAAUGAAGACUGUACUGAUUACAAAAUUGGCAUUUUGAUACCUCUAUGGAGAGAUGAUGUAAAUGAAUCUAAUACAGAUAAUUCUUUAAAGGAUUUGUAUGCUAAAAGUUGCUCUGGUGUUGUUUUAGCUGGUUUUUCUAAAAAUGAACGCAAAGAUAAAGGUUUUUCUUCUGAUGAAAUUCAAUAUCUUCGAAGAUUUGGCGGUGUUUUAGAGAAAGUGCUUAAAUCAUCAAAUACCAAACAGUAA